CGCGUGGUAUAGUGUGGCCAGUUAGUUGUGUGUUGGUCGUGGAAGAGGGAGGGUGUUAUAGUGAGGACGUGGGUUGGUUGCUGUGCAUGCGUGCCUUCUUGUGAGCUGCGUCGCGGUUGGAACUUCUGUAGUUUUUUGUAGUUUUUUUUUUUUUUGGUUAUUUUUUUUUCUUCUUCUCUGUUUUAUUGGAAAAAGAAAGGAAAUUUGGUGGACGGUUUCUUGGAGAUUGUGAGAGAUUAUCGCACUGGAUUUCCAUCAUCACAACCCCCCACCCCCCCACCUCUCUCUCUUUUUGGAUUUGGAAUUUCUUUGGAUCUCGACGCCUGGCCUGUCUACCCCCCCCAUCCCUCCCCUCAUCGCAGGAUCCCCCCAUCCACCCAACCACCCAUGACCCCCCUCCCCACCUCCCUUCCCAACCUCCUCCUCCUCUCGCCAUCUCCGUACCGGCACUGCUAUUGUUAAUUUAGCAGAAUAGCCCCGGCGUAGUCCCUUGUAGUCCAAUUAACCUGCAGAGUCACCUUGGGGGCCCUGCAACAAAGAAAUCCGACGCCUGUGCUGUUGUUUACUGUUGUUGUUGAUUUCGACGCGCGGCCGCCAUGGCAGCUGUGCGUUCUGCGUUGGUGUGUGUAGCCGCACUUUUGCUCCUUGGCAGCGCGGCUCAAGCCUACGACCUACAGCAGGUACAGAGACUUCACCACGAUCUGUUUAGCAACUACAACAUGCAUACUGUUCCGAGCUCGCAGACCAUCGUCAAAUUCAGGAUGAACAUCAAACACUUCGAUAUGAUUGAAGAAACCCAAGCACUGAUGGUCGAUUCUUGGAUUGUCAAUGAGUGGGUGGAUCCGCGGCUGAGAUGGGACCCUGAGGACUAUGGCCAUGUGUUUAAGAUUUCGGUCCCACACACCAUGCUCUGGAAACCGGAUCUCGACGUCUAUAACAACGCCAACGUCGGGAAACCCAUAUCCUACGGGAACACCCUCCUCAUCGUCUUCCACGACGGGCGCGUCCUCUUCGUUCCACCAGUGAGACUCCACUUUACCUGCGUCAUGGACCUCACCUUCUGGCCUCAUGACACGCACAACUGCACGCUCACCAUCGGCUCCUGGAUUCAUGACGGGAUUACUAUCGACCCGCAGCUUAUGCAUGAUAAACCGGAGCUUGACAUCAACGAACUCCAAACAGCUGACGGCAAGAACUUAACUCGCGGCAUGUGGAACCUCCUCGAUGCUAACAUUACGAGGAACGUGAAGGUAUACGACUGCUGUCCUGAACCCUACAUUGAUAUCAAAGUAUCCAUGCUGGUUGCUAGAAAUGCUCCGGCUUAUGAUUGGACGGUUAAACUGCCUGCUGUAGGACUUUGCAUCCUGACGCUAGUGGUGUUCCUGCUCCCUCCUGCAGCGGGGGAGAAGGUCAUCUUCGGGGGCCUCAGUCUGAUCCUGGAUGUGAUGUUCAUCGCCUACACCAACAUGGAGAUUUCGAACUCGCCGACACACAUACCGCUUAUAGUGGAGAUGGUAUGCGAACAGCUGAUGCUUGUCGUGGCCAGCAUCGUGGUCGCCAGCCUAACCUUGCGGAUGGCUCGGGAUCCUUACACCAAAGGCCUGCACAACGUGAUCAAGAGGCCUCUUAUCGUGGUGUCGUAUGCGCUCUGCCUUCACAACUACAAGAAUAUCGUAGGUUUCACACGAUGGGAGGUCUCCCGCGCCCACCAGCCGUACGCAAGGACCUUUAAGUCGGACGAACUCGAGUUGGGCGAGAACGGAACCACCCAUUUAUACGGAGGACCUGAAGUGACCACGAGUCCCGGGCUAGACUGGCUUCUCCUGUCGGCUGUGGUGGACCGUGUGUGUCUUAUUGUCUACGUGGCCAUCUUUACCAUUAAUAUGCUGUCGUUCAGUGCUGUUCUGUGAUUUUGUGAUUAUUAUUUUUUUUCUCUCUCUUUUUAUGAGGAAGGGGGAUGGGGUGAGGUUGGGUCAAUAUUUUAUUUUAUCAGUUUUUUAUUUUUUUUUUUAAAGGAGGUGGUUGGUUCUAGAAUUUAUAUUUAAAAAUAUUAUAAAAAAAAGUUUUGGGGAAUCUUUUUGAUUUCUUGUGUGAAUUUUUAUCUUUUAUGUUUAAUUUUAUUAUUAUUAUUAUUAUUAUUAUUAUUAUUAUUAUUAUUUAUUUUUUAUUUAUUUAUUUUUGAAAGAACUUCAGGGUAUUUAUCUUUCUUUACUUUCGAAGUUUUGGUUCACAGGGUGUCAGUAGCGUAGCUGUUUCCUUCAGUAUAUCUGGUGAUGUUUUUAAGUAAUUUUUAUACUGGGGGCCAACAGCGUUAUUUUUUAAUUCACAUUAGACCAAGGAAAAAAAUAUAUAUUUGGACUUAAUCUGUAGGCCAAGACAUCUGCAUUUGGACUUGUAUGUAAGGCUAUCGAAUCCACUUUUAAACUUGGGCCCUUUUUAAAUUCGAUGUAUAUGCCUGCAAAUCUUCUCUUAAUUUUGGACUGAAUAAGCUACCUGUUAACACACUAUGGAUUUCAACUUUCAGUAAAUAAGUGUGUUGGCAUUUUUGUUUCUAAGCUUGUGUAAUAGUGUUAAUUAUAGUCCGUCUAAUUAAAAAAAAAAAGAAUAACUGGCAACUCACGCCGGGAUUUGGGACUCGUCCGAUUCACAAAGUGGUUAUUUUAAGAGAGAAUAAUUAUAAUAUGGUGUUAAAGGCAACACAGAAAAUAAAACAAGGAUAUUGUAAAUGAGUAAAAAAAAAAUACAAACAUGUAUUUUUAAGUCAGGUAAUUUGAAUAAAAGAGCAAAUUGGCCAAUCGGAAUUCUCGAGUUGAGUUGCCAGUUUCUCUUUUUUCCUGCGAUUAGGCAUACUAUAGUUGUCCAUAGAAUGAUGAAUGUGGAAAUUAAAUCAUUUCCAAAAGACUCGUAUACACACUGGGCCUGGUUUGCCAAGUUGUAUUGUGCGUGAUGUUUAUUCACCGUUUUUAUUCUGAUUCCACUUACAAGAUGUAGUUAUUUUUUAAUGUAUUUUGUGGUAUGUGUGUCGUUCAUAUUGAUUUUGUCAUUUCUUUUCUUUUUCUUCUCUCUCUCUUAUUUUCCUCCUUUACCUCUUCUUCUAACACCUUUCUUAAUUUUCCUCGUCUUCUCCCUUCAUUUUACUCUCUUCUUUGUCCUUCUCCACCUCCUCCUUUGUCAUCUUCUUUUUGUUCUUUUUUUUAUAUAUAAUAUCUACCUAUAAUUACCGAUACAUUUCGAAGCUCCUGAGAAAUGUAUUUUUUUAAAACUUGAGGCUCGGUGAUCAACCAUAGCUUAACUAACAAUUGUAACCCCACGAUAAAAAAAAAAAAAAAAUUACAGAUGAUAG